AUGGACGGGGUGCUGGCGAAAGACCCUGAUACCGACCGAAAGAGUACGACCUACGUCAAAUGUGCCAAAAAUGAGAAUCUCUUCACGGCGGACAGCGAUUCUGGCUUAUUAGUGACGGUCGGCGACAAGGCCGAUGACAUAUCGACCGACCAUCGGUUGCCUCUGGCGACCUCCCUCAAGAUCAAGGACAAGAGAAAAGGGACAGGAAAUCGAUCAAAAGCCGGCUGA